GGGAGUGGAAAGCAGAGCAGUGGAUUGGACCGAGAGCACAGGGCGGGGAGCGGAAAGCAGAGCAGCCGACGGGGCAGGAGCACGGGGUGGGAAGCGGGAAGCAGAUUUCCUAGUUGGGCAGAGCAGUAAAAGGGUUGCUAAAAUGCCUUGGCUGGGCGUGAGGAAGGCAGGCUUAUUUACACGUCCGUAGUCCGCGCUGCGCACGGGGCUGCCCAGAAACGUACGGGAAAGACGGGCCCUGUCCUAGCGCACCGGCGUGACCUCGACGUGGGUUCUCGCGUCUCCUUUUUCACCGGCUGCGCGGCCCGAGCAGAUUGCCCACCCCGAAAUCUCUCUGAGCAAACCAGCUAAGGCCGACUUUCAUCUUUUUUUUUUUCUCUCUCCUUACCGUUCGUUGCAGAUAUCGAAAUGACUUCCAUGCUGACCCGCGCUAUCCGAAGCCUCCCUGCUGCCUCAGCACGGGCUGUUGGACUCUCUGCAAGAUCACUCAGCUGCUCCCCCCAGUUACAAGCAGCAGCCCAACCCAAGAGUAAGAAAACCUUGGCCAAAAGUGGUGUGAAGAAUGUUGUUGUUGUGGAGGGCGUCCGCAUUCCAUUUUUGCAGUCUGGUACCUCGUAUGCAGAUCUGAUGCCUCACGACUUGGCCCGAGCAGCAUUGCAAGGAUUGCUGAAUCGGACCAAUGUCCCACAAGAAGUUGUUGAUUACAUAGUUUAUGGAACCGUCAUCCAGGAAGUGAAGACAAGCAAUGUUGCUAGAGAGGCUGCCUUGGGAGCUGGCUUCUCUGACAAAACUCCAGCCCACACAGUCACCAUGGCUUGCAUCUCUUCUAACCAAGCUAUGACUACAGGUGUCGGUCUGAUUGCAUCUGGCCAGUGUGAUGUGGUCGUAGCUGGUGGUGUGGAAUUAAUGUCGGAUGUGCCCAUUCGUCACAGCAGGAAGAUGAGGAAGGCUAUGCUCACUCUUAACAGAGCCAAAACCUUGAGCCAGAAGCUGUCCCUGAUUUCCAGAAUUCGCCCCAGUUACUUUGCUCCUGAGCUCCCAGCUGUGGCAGAAUUCUCCACCAAUGAGACGAUGGGACAUUCAGCAGAUCGGUUGGCUGCCGCUUUUGCAGUAUCCCGUGUGGAGCAAGAUGAGUAUGCCCUGCGUUCACACACGCUAGCUAAGAAGGCCCAGGAUGAGGGUUUGCUGGUGGAUGUGGUGCCUUUCAGUGUGCCAGGCCGAGAUACUGUUUCCAAAGAUAAUGGAGUCCGCCCUUCCUCAAUGGAGCAGAUGGGCAAACUGAAGCCUGCUUUUGUCAAGCCCUAUGGGACGGUUACGGCUGCCAACUCUUCCUUCCUGACGGACGGUGCUUCGGCGGUCCUGCUCAUGUCUGAGGAGAAGGCUCUGGCGAUGGGCUAUAAACCAAAGGCCUACCUUAGGGACUUCGUGUACGUGUCCCAGGAUCCAAAGGACCAGCUCCUGUUGGGCCCGACGUAUGCGACUCCCAAAGUGCUGCAGAAGGCCGGCCUGACGCUGGCUGAUGUCGACGUGUUUGAGUUCCACGAAGCUUUUGCCGGGCAGAUUUUGGCUAACCUGAAAGCUAUGGAUUCGGAUUGGUUUGCCCAGAACUACAUGGGCAGAAAGUCUAAGGUUGGAGCCCCUCCUCUGGACAAGUUCAACAACUGGGGUGGUUCCCUGUCCCUGGGACACCCGUUUGGUGCCACCGGCUGCCGGUUGGUAAUGUCGGCCGCUCACCGCCUGAAGAAGGAGGGAGGGCAGUACGGGCUGGUCGCUGCCUGUGCCGCAGGAGGUCAGGGCCACGCCAUGCUUGUGGAACUCUACCCCCAGUAACGGAGCAAGGGACAGUCGAAUGGACUGGGAUGUGUCCUGUGCCAGGCAAUGCCAUUUCAAUGCAUUAAUAAAAGCAUCCUUGUGAUCCUUCCUGGAAA